CUUCUUCUUUCCCUUUUUUUUCUCUUUUUUUUUUCAUAAUUUCGAUUUCACGAAAUACUAUUUUGUUCUUUACCAUUCUAUCCCUCUCGCCUACAUCUGCAAUUAGGGUUUUUCAAAAUUGAAAUGUGUUAGCGUAAUGGAAUACUCUGAAGCAUCCAAUUUUAUCACAAAUACUGCUAAUACAAACCCUAAAUUAGGGUCUCAAGCACCUCUAACCUCUUUCAGUGCUGAUCCAGAUUCUGAUCUGACCUUGCAACUGCGAAAAGAGCUAGAGAAUAAGCAGCUGUACUUGAAAGAGGCCGGACCAGAGGAUGAAGAGAUUGCAUCUGAUGCAGUAGAGGUGGAGAAAGUACAUGAAGAACUAGAGAAGCAACUCCAUUUGAAUGAGGAUAAGGACAAACAUUUGAUUGAAUUGAGCCAAGAUGACGACUUUAAUAGUGGGGAGAGCAAUGAUGGAGAAGAACGUAAUAUCAAUGAUAAAGAGGAUAAUGAUAAUGAUGAAGUGGAGAAGAAGGAUGAGAGAAGUAAUGAUAACACGAGGCAUCAGUAUCCGGUGAGACCUGAAGCUGAAGAUUGUUCCUACUAUAUGAGAACAGGGACUUGCAAGUUUGGAUCCAAUUGCAAGUUCAAUCACCCUGUAAGAAGGAGAAACCAGUUUACAAAGGAGAAGGUGAAAGAAAGGGAAGAACCAGGAGAGAGGCCAGGCCAGACAGAAUGCAAGUAUUACUUGAGGACAGGGGGCUGUAAGUAUGGAAAAGCUUGUAGAUACAAUCACUCAAGAGAAAAAUCUCCAGUCCUUCCUGCAAAAAUAGCAGUUUUCCCUGUUUUAGACCUUAACUUUCUGGGUCUCCCAAUCCGACUGGGAGAGAAAGAGUGCCUGUAUUACAUGCGUAAUGGCUCCUGCAAGUAUGGAGCUAAUUGCCGGUUUAAUCAUCCAGAUCCUACUGCUGUGGGAGGAAGUGACCCUCCUUCAGCAUUCAGUAAUGGUGGGUCUGCUACUUUUCAGAGUUCUCCACAAUCAAGUGUAGGAUCUUGGUCUUCACCAAGAGGACUAAAUGAGAUUGCCCCCUUUGUGCCAGUUAUAUUUCCAGCGACUCGAGGGGUUACUUUACAAAAUCCAGAAUGGAAUGGGUAUCAGGUGACAUACAAGAUGGCAAUUUCCACCUGCCCUGCACCAAGCCAAAUUCAACAGGAUCUCAAUGCAGGAGCUUCCAAGGCUCCUGUAUAUCCACCGGAAAGGAGUAUACAUCUGGCUCCAGCUUAUGUCAUAAACAAUCUGCCUGCAGAUACCAAUGUCUAUGGACAUCAGCAGCAGACACCAAUGGAAGAAUUUCCAGAACGACCAGGUCAACCAGAGUGCAGUUAUUAUAUGAAAACUGGGAACUGUAAAUUCAAGUCUAACUGCAAAUAUCAUCAUCCAAAGAAUCAGAUCCCAGAGUUAACUCCAUUUUCUCUUAGUGACAAGGGCCUGCCAUUGAGACCUGGUCAGCACAUUUGUUCGUAUUAUAGCCAGUAUGGUAUCUGCAGAUAUGGCCCAGCUUGUAAAUUUGACCAUCCAAUACAAGCAGCUACAAUGACGGGGUCUGCUGAAGAUCGGGCAAGAAUGUCUGAAACUGGAUAUGAAAGUGAUACUGCAUUUUAGCAGCCUUUGUAAAAUCUUUUCAUCAAUCGAUCUAGCCUUUCAGAGUCCACAAAACAGAAGAUUUUUAAUUUUCUCCGUAAAAGUGGAUCUCUUCUUCUCUCUGGUUCAUCUACCGCAAGAUUUUGAAACUGUGGCUUUGCAUAUUUAUCAUGUGAUGUGUUACUGCAACACAAAGUGGAACAGGAAAUUGUAAAUUCUCUCUUCAAUGUCCUUUAUCGGCUUGGUUUAUUUAUUUACCAAAUAAUAGUACAUAUGCGGCUUUAGUUGUCC